ACAAGGAAAAAAAAUAUGAGAAAAUUACAGUCUUUUUCAUACAAAAUCACCACUCAAUUCCACUCAGAUUGAACAUAUUGAAUGGAGUUCUCCGUUUGUUUUCCGAUGGUAGAGGGAAUGACUAUGCUGAAUCUUUCCAGGUCACAGGACCAGAUAGCGAGGGAGGCGAUAAAGCACGCUUUGAGGUCUCUACGGAAGCGGCAUUUGCUCGAAGAAGGUGCUCAUUCUCCGGCUUUCAUCGCUCUUACCAGACCAAUCGCCUCUCAGGGCUCAGAAUGGAAAGAGAAAGCAGAAAAUCUGGAGUUGGAACUCCAGCAAUGUUACAAAGCUCAAUCUCGGUUGUCCGAGCAACUUGUGGUCGAAGUAGCUGAAUCCCGAGCUUCAAAAGCCUCACUUCAAGAGAAAGAAUCAGCAGUCUCAAAUCUCCAGGCAGAGUUGACUCAAACAAGGGAUGAAUGUUCUCAAUUGAAGGCAGACUUGGAAGAAAAGAUAAAAGCUUUAGAAUUGCUUAUAUGUGAGAACCAUCAACUCAAAGCUCAACUGGAAGAGAUAACUAUUAAAGCUAAGAAUGCCGAGGCUGAAAAUAAGAUGUUAGUUGAUCGCUGGAUGCUGCAGAAGAUGCAGGAUGCUGAACGGCUCAAUGAGGCAAAUGCACUUUAUGACGAAAUGGUUAAUCGGCUCAAGGCUAGUGGUUUAGAAAAUCUUGCUAGGCAGCAGGUUGAUGGUGUGGUUCGCCGAAAUGAAGAUGGUGCCGAAUUCUUUGUGGAGUCAACUGUUCCCUCCCUAUGCAAGCAGAGGAUACAUGCCCAUGAAGGUGGUUGUGCCUCCAUAUUGUUCGAGUACAAUUCUGCCAAACUGAUUAGUGGAGGACAGGACCGAUCAAUCAAGAUGUGGGACGCGAGCACUGGAACAUUAAGUCAUACUCUUUAUGGUUGCCUUGGCUCUGUUCUCGAUCUUACCAUUACCCAUGAUAAUAGAUCUGUCAUUGCAGCAAGCAGCUCAAACAACUUAUUUGUAUGGGAUGUCAAUUCAGGCCGUGUACGCCAUACUCUUACUGGUCACACAGAUAAAGUUUGUGCUGUAGAUGUAAGCAAAAUCUCAAGUCGUCAUGUUGUCAGUGCUGCUUACGAUCGUACCAUAAAAGUUUGGGACUUGAAUAAGGGUUACUGCAUCAACACAAUCAUUUUCCCCAGCAACUGUAAUGCUCUUUGCUUCAGCAUGGACGGACAUACCAUUUGUUCUGGUCAUGUUGAUGGGAAUCUUCGGUUAUGGGACAUUCACUCAGGAAAGCUACUUAGUGAAGUUGCCGCGCAUUCACUUGCUGUUACAUCUAUCUCUUUGUCUCGAAAUGGAAAUGUAGUAUUGACUAGUGGAAGGGACAACUUGCAUAAUUUGUUUGAUAUGCGAUCUCUAGAAGUUUGUGGCACACUUAGAGCAAUGGGAAACAGAGUGGCAUCGAAUUGGAGCCGAUCCUGUAUCAGUCCAGAUGACAACUAUGUAGCUGCUGGAUCCGCCGAUGGAGCUGUUUACAUUUGGUCCAUUUCUAAAGCCGAUAUUGUCAGCACUCUGAGGGAACACACUUCUCCUGUGCUGUGUUGCUCGUGGAGUGGGAUCGGGAAACCUCUAGCCUCAGCAGACAAGAAUGGAAUUAUUUGUACCUGGUCAUGAUAUGUAUAGUGUCAAUAUGAUAAACGGGGACAUGGAGUCUGGUAAAUUGGUAAAUGCUCAGUGUCAAGAUUGGCAGACUGGCCGGCCGGCCGGCCAAGUUCUUUUCUCUUUAUUUUCAUACGAUAAAUAUACACAUUGUAUACAAGCUAACUUGGUGUGGGGUUGGUGUAGAUGUUCAUUGUUCUAAACUCGUAUCUGUGAUUUAUUCUCUCUCAAGAGAAGAAACGAAAAGAAAAAGAUCUUGUAUAAUCUAGUGCAUUUAGAGUUUAUGUUUCAUGGCUGAAUGUAAGUUGUAACCACUCAUGGCUCUGCUAGUAUGCUGUAAACCUGUACUUUAGAACCGGCUUCAUUUUUCUUCCUCCUUCAGCCGUGCACUGGAAUUGAGGUUUAUUUUGGAUG